AUGACGCGCGUCUGUGAGUUACCCUCAUGGCAGGCGCUGUGGAGAGCCGCGGGGACGAGCCGACCCACGCCCUUGUCCCCCCUCAGGUCACGGGCAGCGGAAAGACCUCUCGCCUUCGUCAUCCCCAUCCUGGAGAUCCUCCUGCGGAGGGAGGAGCCGCUGAAGAGGAGUCAGGUUGGAGCCAUAAUCAUCACACCCACCCGAGAGCUGGCUGUUCAGAUAGAUGAGGUCCUGUUGCAUUUCACGAAGUCCUUCCCGCAGUUCAGCCAGAUUCUCUGGAUCGGAGGCAGGAAUCCCGGAGAAGAUGUCUCGAGGUUUAAGGAACACGGAUCAGAAAGUGUGGACAAUGUUAACUUCAUUGUGGCGACGCCAGGCCGCUUGGAGGACAUGUUCCGGAGGAAGGCCGAGGGCUUGGACCUGGCCAGCUGCGUGAGGUCCCUGGAUGUCCUGGUGUUGGAUGAGGCAGACAGACUUCUGGACAUGGGGUUCGAGGCCAGCAUAAACAGCAUCCUGGGGGUUUUGCUCAAGCAGAGGAGAACGGGCCUGGUUUUGGCCACCCAAACGCAGGAGGUGGAGAACCUGGUGUGUAAGGCAGAUGAGAAGUUUAAUCAGCUGGUCCAUUUCCUUCGCAAUCAUAAGCAGGAAAAGCACCUGGUCUUCUUCAGCACCUGUGCCUGCGUGGAAUACUACGGCAAGGCCCUGGAGGCGCUGGUGAAGGGCGUGGAGAUCAUGUGCCUUCACGGGAAGAUGAAGUUCAAGCGCAACAAGAUCUUCAUGGGCUUCCGCAAGCUGCAGAGCGGGGUCUUGGUGUGCACGGACGUGAUGGCCCGCGGCAUAGACAUCCCCGAGGUGAACUGGGUGUUGCAGUACGACCCCCCCAGCAGUGCCAGUGCCUUCGUGCAUCGCUGUGGCCGCACUGCGCGCAUCGGCCAUGGUGGCAGCGCACUGGUGUUCCUCCUCCCCAUGGAAGAGUCCUACGUCAACUUCCUCGCAAUCAACCAAAAGUGCCCCCUGCAGGAGAUGCAGCCACAGAAGCACACGGCGGACCUCCUCCCGAAGCUGCGGGCCAUGGCCCUGGCCGACAGGGCCGUGUUUGAGAAGGGCAUGCGGGCCUUCGUGUCCUUCGUCCAGGCCUACGCCAAGCACGAGUGCAGCCUCAUCUUCAGACUCAAGGAUCUGGACUUUGCUGCCCUGGCGCGAGGCUUCGCUCUGCUCAGGAUGCCCAAGAUGCCGGAGCUGAGGGGAAAGCAGUUUCCAGACUUCGUGCCCGUGGACGUCAACACGGACACCAUUCCAUUCAGAGAUAAGAUCAGGGAGAAGCAGAGGCAGAAACAGCUGGAGCAGCAGAGGAAGGAGAAGACAGAAAACGAAGGGAGGAGAAGAUUCGUGAAAAAUAAAGCUUGGUCGAAGCAGAAGGCCAAAAGGGAGAAGAAGAAAAUGAACAAGAAAAGGAAAAGGGAAGAGGGCUCUGACCUGGAGGACGAGGACAUGGAGGAACUUCUGAAUGACACGCGGCUCCUGAGGAAGUUUAAGAAAGGCAAGAUCACUGAGGAGGAGCUGGAGAAGGGCCUGCUGACGAGUGCCAGAGGGCCGAUCAGGACAGCGGGUUUGGGGACCUCGGAUGUGGAGGGGGACGGCUGAUUGCGGGGCCUCAGGUGAGCGGGGGGCGAUCAGGACCUGGCAGGCGGGCUGACGUGCAGGCGGGGGAGGAGGUGGGAGGGGCUCUCACGUCCUGAACGUUUUACUACAGACAUACCAGCCUGAGUCCAACAGGAGGUGCAAGUUAUUUGGUGUAAAUAAUAGAUGUCAAUAUUUAUUUGAUGGGUCGCUUAUAAUUAAAGAGCUCAUUUUUCUGGGCCUA